AGGUGACCCGACCGGAGGGGAGGGAGCGAGAGAGCGAGCGGGUGGCGGCGGCUGCGGCGGCUGCGGCGCCUGAGGAGCCCGGGGCCCCUAGGCGGCUGGGGUGGUCUUGUGUGGGUGGGGGUCGUGGAGGCCUAGGUUACAACCACGCCAUGGGGGGCUUGAAGGAGGAGCUGCUCAAGGCCAUCUGGCACGCCUUCACUGCGCUCGAUCUGGACCGUAGCGGCAAAGUAUCCAAGUCUCAGCUCAAGGUCCUGUCUCACAAUCUGUGCACGGUGCUGAAGGUUCCGCAUGACCCCGUGGCUCUGGAAGAGCACUUUCGGGAUGAUGACGAAGGACCCGUCUCCAAUCAGGGCUAUAUGCCAUAUUUAAACAAGUUCAUUUUGGAAAAGGUUCAAGGAAACUUUGACAAGAUUGAGUUUAAUAGGAUGUGCUGGACGCUGUGCGUGAAAAAAAACCUCACCAAAAGCCCCCUGCUCAUCGGCGAAGAAGACUCCUUUAAAGUGUGGGUGAUUUUCAACUUUUUAUCCGAAGACAAAUACCCGCUAAUUAUUGUGCCUGAAGAGAUUGAAUACCUGCUUAAGAAACUAACCGAAGCCAUGGGGGGAGGCUGGCAGCAGGAAGAAUUCGAACAUUACAAAAUCAACUUCGACGCUCAUCGAGAUGGCCUUUCUGCGUGGGAAUUGAUCGAGCUCAUCGGAAGCGGGCAGUUUAGCAAAGGCAUGGAUCGGCAGACGGUGUCGAUGGCCAUUAACGAAGUUUUUAAUGAACUUAUAUUAGAUGUACUGAAACAGGGUUACAUGAUGAAAAAAGGCCAUCGAAGGAAAAACUGGACGGAACGUUGGUUUGUGCUGAAACCCAACAUCAUUUCUUAUUACGUGAGUGAGGAUCUCAAGGAUAAAAAAGGAGACAUCAUGCUGGACGACACGUGCUGCGUCGAGUCCUUACCUGACAAAGAUGGAAAGAAAUGUCUUUUUCUGAUAAAAUGUUUGGAUAAGACUUUUGAAAUCAGUGCCUCAGAUAAGAAGAAGAAACAGGAGUGGAUUCAAGCCAUCCAUUCUACUGUCCACUUGCUGAAGCUGGGCAGUCCCCCCCCUCACAAAGAAGCCCGCCAAAGGCGGAAGGAGCUGCGGAAGAAGAUGCUGGCGGAGCAGGAGGCGCUGGAGAGGCAGAUGAAGGAGCUGCAGGUGGCCAACGAGAACAAGCAGCAGGAGCUGGAGCAAGUGAGGAAGAAAUUGGAAGAAGCUGCAUUUCGUGCUGCCGAAGAGGAAAAGAAACGCCUUCAGACGCAAGUGGAACUACAGGACAGGUUCAGCCUGGAGCUAGAAAGAGAGAAACUCAUCAGGCAGCAGAUGGAAGAACAGGUGGCCCAGAAGUCGUCUGAACUGGAGCAGUAUUUGCAGAGAGUCCGAGAACUUGAAGACAUGUACCUAAGGCUCCAGGAGGCUCUAGAAGAUGAGAAGCAAGCCCGGCAAGACGAAGAGACGGUCAGGAAGCUUCAGGCCAGGCUGCUGGAAGAAGAGUCUUCCAAGAGAGCUGAGCUAGAAAGAUGGCACCAGGAGCAGCAGCAGGCCAUCCAGACCACCGAGGCUGAGAAGCAGGAGCUGGAAAACGAGCGCGUCCUGAAGGAGCGGGCCCUUCAGGAAGCCAUGGAGCAGCUGGAGCAGCUGGAGCUGGAGAGAAAGCAGGCUUUGGAGCAAUACGAGGGAGUCAAAAAGAAGCUAGAGAUGGCGGCCAGCAAGACCAGGAGCUGGAAGGACAAGGUGGCGCAGCACGAGGGGCUCAUCCGGCUGAUAGAACCGGGUCCAAAAAACCCCCAUUUAAUUACAAACUGGGGACCGGCCGCAUUCACUCAAGCAGAACUCCAGGAACGGGAGAAGAGCUGGAAAGACAAAAAGAGCACGGAGUGAACCCCAGGCAUCGCCGCCUGCCCUGCAGCCGGAGGGCUCGGUGCCAAAGACAGGGCCACGGCUGGCCUCCUCGGGGCCGGCACCCCAAGGAAGCGGCCUUCAGCCCCGCCGCCCGGACGUCGGACCCCUUGUUUGCCCCCCCUCCCCCAUGGCUUUCCUUUGGGAGCCCCGUGUUAGAGAUCGACUACCACGUCCAGCGUCCACCCCCGCCUUCCUCUUUGUCUUUGUCCCACAUCUUCCCUCCCCUCGGCAGGCCACGAGGCUGACCCGAGGCCUUCCCAAUUGUCUGCCCGGCCACGCGACCACGACUCCCCGAUGGCCCCUCCGCAGGGUCACUGGCCGGGUGGCGUUUUCCCAGCUAUCCGGCAUCCCGGCUGUUCCCUUCCUCCCACGCGGGUUCUCCCUCCAGGCCGGACGUUCCAUGCCGCUCCCCACCGUGGCCGCGUGUCCUCCCAGAGCCCAGCCGCCGGCUGUGGAGAAGAGGACGGGGGACAAAGCCGCUGUGGAACGACAAGUGGCCUCUGUGCCAGCCCGGCCUUGCCCCGCGGCAUGCUGGGUGGUGCUGAGGAGAGGAGUGCGGCCGCGUGGGCAGAAGGCAGGACGGUUCCCCUGUGCCGAGAAGGGGCUGCCCCCCGGUGUGCCCCCAGAAGUGAGGCGCCUGACCUACGGGGCCUCCCGCAGCUUCGGUCACCCGGCCGGGUCCCGGCCCUGGAGGGACGCCGCGGGAACCAGCUCCUGAGCUCGACGGCCCCAAGAGAGUCCGGCCUGCGUCACUGCCCCGAUGCUUCUUCCCGGCUGACCGUAGAGAGUCCCAGCCUUCUCCCUCCAGCACUCCGCGGGGUUUCCGUGAAAGCCGUCCAAUCUGUUUUUCUUGGGAGGCCCCCCAAAACGCCAUCCCUCGGCUGGUCUUCAGGGACUGAACCUCUCCACACGGAGCGAGGCUGCUCCUAGGCUUGAAAGCUCUUCAGCAUUCUAGGACGUGCCGGCGCUGAGCCUCCAAGAACCCAGGCUCGUCUUCAUGCCAGCUCGAGCUGUUUGAGGAGAGUUUGAGUGGAAUAUUAAUCAUAUUAAACUCUUCCGAAAUGUCGUGCAUGCAGAUGGUAUUAUUUUAGACAAGUAUAGAUGUAGUCGAAAAGGGUUUAUAACCCAAUAAGUGACUGUCUCUUAUCCGAGUGAAAAGCAUUAACCAGUGAAGUGCCCUUACGAACUUUAAUCAGGGAGCCGAAACAGAAUUCUGUUCAGUGUUCGUCUCGUCAUUGUCAAGUCACUUCUUGGGCUUCUGGAAGAUUUACCGACACAGUUGGGUUUCCGCCUCUUCUACCCAGAGAUUGAUCAGUAUCUACUUUGUUUAUUCAAUAACCUCCUUACAGCUGUGGAAGGAGGCCUCGUCCCAGCCUUUGGGGUCCUCCUAAACUCUUCCAGUAAGAUCUGGGAGAGGACGGACAGUUUCCGAUGAGAGAUCCCACGUAGGACGGUAAUAAAACUCCCAGAGAGCUGGAGGGAGACGCGCGGCGUCCUGCUCUCACGGCGAGGCACGGCGAAGGCUCUCGCUCCGAGCGACCCUCAUCCGUCCCCCGGCUGGAUUCCGAACUUGGUUUCAGCCCUGACUGAGGGGAGACGUCCGUGCCGGAGAGCUUCAGUGGACGUUUGCCCUCUGCCCAGUGCGCGGGAGGCCCAGCACCCGAGGGACCCCGGAGGAAGCGUUGGCAUCACGUUAAAACCGGCGAGUGCCGGUGCAUUUCUGUGAAUUGUGGACGGCGUGGAAAUGAGUUCAUUCCACUCAUCGUUGGAACAGUCCCAGGAUUCAGGGCUGCGCGACUCCUCCGGGGUCCCUCGGGCUCAGUCCAUACCAGAGAAAGAGAACCCCAACAGGUGGUCACCCCGAUGUUGCUGAAAUGCCUCUGGCCCGGGGGAGCCCGCGGCUUCCUGAGGCAGCCCAGCUCGUGCUUGGCAUCACGCCUGAACGUGCUCCUUUGUGCCUUGUGCCCACCCCUCCUGCUUCUUUCUCGGGGAGCCGGACGGAGCAGCUCCGAUCCCUCUUGUCGCCUUCGGUGCCGUUCACGGCCCUCCCCCACAUUCCCCAGGUCUGAAACCAACCGCGCUCCGUGGCCCAGGGCCGGCAGACCGCGCGUACCCUUUGUCGUGACUGCACAGAAGUGACCAGCGGCGUUUGGACGCUUCCCCUGGACGCCUAAGCGACUGGCGAUGUGGUUGUUUAAAAGAGAUUUUAAAACAUUUAAAAAAUUUUUAUUACAUUAAAAUUUAAUUUAAAUCAAAUUUAAAUUAAAUUUUAAAUUUAAAAGAAUUUUAAAAGAGAGAGAUGUAAAAAAAUGCCCACAGGUAACAAAAAGGUCAGUGCUCGUGUGUGUUCAGUCUGACGAUGCCCCGUGGCACGCCGUCAUUUACCAUCUCAUUGUCUAAACACUCUAAGAACGGGCAAGCGCCACUUGUCUAACUUCUGCUAAUUUCCUAAAGUAUUUGUAAAGGGUUCUGUAUUGUUUUUUAGGAAAACGGACCAAAUGAGAACAGGGACAAACAAAUGAAUGCUGCGCCUCUAGAAUUGUCCACAUUAAUAAAACGGUGGGGGAACGUCCCGUGUGUUUCUUAAUAAAGAAACGGAUGUAUGCGCUCCGUUUCACGGUGCCGUAACCCUGCGCGGUUGGGGGCGGGGCUGACAGGACGCACGUGGGCAGGAGGGCAGCGUUUCUUCCCUGCCGUUUCCGAGCCCCCAGUUCACGGGGGAACAUGAUUGCCAUAAAGAACCCAUAAAGACAUUUUCUCCCUCAUGAAUCUCAGACUUAAUAGGCCGGGCUUGCCUUGCCGCACCAUUUUGGUUUUUGUUCCGCUGAUUAAAGGGUGGACUUUUACGUGUUAAGAGGAACUUCGCUUUGGGUUUGGAGUAGGAGUAGGAUUGCCCAUCUUGUAGGCAAAGCAGGGCCAGAGUUCAGCGGGCUUCACCUCCUUUCACUUCUCGUAAAGACUUCCAGGUUAGCCCAUGACCGCUUGGACCUCUGACAGGGAGGGAAUUGGGGGCAGAACCAGGCCUACACAUCGUUCCAGUGUUUGGUCUUUUAUAGGCUCUCAAGGGGUUGGGAGGACCCCCCAAAACCUUGAUGUUAUAAAGGACUCCUAAUACAAGAUUGGGACUGCUGCUAAGCUCCUGGCGAUGGCCAUUCCUCCCCUGCCUCUUCCCCUCAUUCAGGUGGUCCCUUAGAGCACUGGCAAAGAUCUCACAUGGUCAAAUUUCCUUUUUGUUAAUUCUCUAAAAAAAAUGUUCACUUCUAGCUCUUUUAAAAUCCCCUUCAUUGGGGGGGGGGGAGGGGAGGGAGGGAAAGAAUAGGAUUCUUGUAACCAAGGAAUAAUGUUCUAAAUGGACUAAAUAAAAUUUUCACAAAAAAAGACAAAAAAAAUCCCCUUCAUGUCCAAACGUAUCCCCCUUCUUUCUUUAUCAGAGAGCAAUUGCUGCUCAGAAAGAAAGAAAAAAUCCCAAACUAUUUAGCAGUCUCAGUAUUUUUUAUGUUAAAUUCACUUCGUGCCCCCUCCUGUGUAGAAAUGAGGCUUAUUUAAACUCUCCUUCCAACCCCAGAGGUAAGAGUCCAGUCUCCUGGUCCCAUUUUUCUCUCCUACUUUUUAUCCCCUAUAAAAAGUUUUAAAACAUUUCUCAUGUCCCAUUUUAUUCUCCGUGGCACUAAAAACAAUUUUGUGGGUCCGUUUCCUAAAUCAAUUAAGCUAUAUUUCCGGCAUGUGCUAAGUAUAUAUAGAUAAAAAGUGAAAUCCUGUCCUCAGAGAAGCUUCCAUUCUAAUAGAGGAAACAUCUAUAAAUCAACACACAUAAGAUAAUAAUAAUAGAUAGGAGUAACCUUAGAAGGGAAGGCUCUAAUUGCCCUUCUCCAGGUUCCACUCAUUUAUUUCUAGUUCUCUUUGGUGGGACCAAAGAAAACAAGUAAAAUCCUUCCAUGCUUUGCAAAACCCAAAGAUUUAGAGCCUCUCAAUUCUCCUCUGGGCUAAAUAUUGCUAGUUCCUUCAACUGAUUCACUGGCCUGAACCAUUCUGGAUGGUCUCCAACUUACCAUCCCCAGAUUCUGGUACUCCUAACAGGAGACACCAGAUGUGGUCUGACAAGGGCAGAAUACGGAAGGAUUUAUCACCCCUUCGUUGCUGGAAGCUAUGCUUUAAAAAAAAAUGCAGCCCAAGAUGACCAAGGGGCACCUAGGUGGCACCAUAGUGCACAGAGUGCCAAGCCGGGAGUCAGGCAUCUUCCUGAGUUCAAAUCUGGCCUCGGACACUAGCCAGCUGUGAGACACUGGGUGGGUCGCUUAACCUUGCUUGUCUCAAUUCUUCAUCUGUCAAAUGAGCUGGAGAAGGAAAUGGCAAACCACGCUAGUAUCUUUGCCAAGAAAAUCCCAAAUGGGGCUAUGAAGAGUUGGACACGACUGGAACAACUCAACAACAAAAUAUGGCAUAAACUUUUUGUUUUUGACUUCCACCUUCGCAUCGCUGACUCAUAGUCUGCAGUCCAAUAAAAUCUCAGAUAUUUGCAGAUCAAUAGCAAUCCAA